ACCGCGGAUAAACUGACGAGGUCGAAGUCGUUCCCAGCCGAAAAGGCUGCAGCAGAGAAUUUGACCCGAUCCAAAUCCCUAGUGAGCGCGAAGAGCUACACCUUGGACGACGUUGAGCGGGUAAUGACGAGGCACACGAAGGAAUAUGAGAUCAUGGACAAGAUGAAGAAGACUCCGGAUGACCUCGCGAAAUUCUAUAACCUCGAUACCGAACUACUGGCGAAAGCGGAUGACGUUCAACUACGAGCCGCGGCGAAGGGGGACUAUGACAAGCUUGGGCAACAGGAGUUCUGGUGCGGGUACAUGAAGUACUAUAAGGAGAAAUACCCUGGCUGGUACAGCAGCCUUGUGAAAGAGAAGUUGGUCUAUCUGCAGCUCUGA